GAUGUAGUACCUAUGAGACUAAGACGCUACGAUUUCGUGAAAGAGCCAACAUUCUGGGAUAUGGUUUUCACUGUGCUCAAGCCUUUCAUGAAAGCCAAGCUGUUGAAUAGAGUUCUUCUGAACGGAGACAAGUUUGACAAGCUACAUUCGUCUAUCAACUCAGAGUUUCUGCCUACCGAUCUCGGCGGGAAACUUCCUGCACACAGCAACAAGGAGUUCAUUGAGUCGCUGCUGGCCUCAGACGCUCAGUUUGAAGAAGACCACAAGUUUGGUUUCGUGAAGAUGAACGUGAACAGCGGCAAUUCUGUCAGCAAAAGUGGAGAUGCCGACAUGCAAGGUCUUGGAGGGACAUUCAAGAAACUAGACAUAUAA